GGAUUAGUUCCUGGUUUUUUUGUAAGAGGAAUACACUACAAUAAUAACAACACAUUUGAUUGGGAAUUUUUAUCAGCUAUUUCAGUAAAUUUUCGAUUUAACUCUUCAAAUUACUUAAAUUUUGAUUAAGAUGCGGAGACCUGUUCUUCCUAAUAAUGAGAACGUAGGCGCUGUAUUACAGCCUGUUGAGAAUCAAGGACGACAUAGACCUGAUGCACCGACGAAAAUAUUGUCUGAUACUGUGAAUCAGCUUCGACAGGAUUUAACGUUUUCUCGGGCACAAUACAAUGAGCUUUUCCAACUUCAUCAGCAACAUAUGGCUGAGUCACGUGAACAGUCAGCUGCUAACAGAGAAGCAUUGCGUGCUGCACUUGCUGAUGCUGCAGAGAACAGAGAAGCAUUGCGUGCUGCACUUGCUGAUGCUGCAGAGAACAGAGAAGCAUUGCGUGCUUCACGAGAAGCACUGCAUGCGGCUCAAAAUCAAAUCGAACAAUUACAAAAUCUUUUACGACAAAACAAUAGUACUUUUUGUAUUAGAAAUUAA